UCAGCAUAAAAUCUUUUGUGAACAUACACCAGGUAGGAUGAGCGCAGAGUUUUCUCACUUCACUCUGCACCAGCCCACACCAUCAGUGCAGUUUGAUUAAAGCUGACUCUUCUCCUGAGGACUUCUCUUGAAGGGUGAACAGGAUGAAAUAAGAUGAAAUAUUUGGAAAUGAAGCUCUUAAGCUUUCGGAGGUAAAGUGUCGGAGGCCCGUCACAGCGUGCUCUGGCCCUUUAAGUGUUCCAGCCACACACUGCAGCAGAUCCUCCGCAGCUGUGGGUCCACCUGACACCCAGCGCAGCGGACCAGAGGCGGACAGACAGCCGGCUUCACGUCACCGCAGACCGCGUCCUGGAGGGGCAUGGGGGGCACCUCGCCCGCUAGCUAACCCGAAGACAUUUCCUCGAAGCGGAAGGCUCACGGUUCCCCAUCAUGGUGUCGUGGAUCAUUUCGAGGAUAGUCGUCCUUGCCUUUGGGACGCUCUACCCAGCAUACUCCUCAUACAAGGCUGUCAAAACGAAGAAUGUGAAGGAAUAUGUGAAGUGGAUGAUGUACUGGAUAGUGUUUGCCUUGUUCACCACAGCAGAGACAGCCACAGACCUGCUCCUAUCAUGGUUUCCAUUUUACUUUGAGCUAAAGAUCGCCUUUGUAAUCUGGCUCCUGUCUCCAUACACCAAAGGCUCCAGUGUCCUCUAUCGCAAGUUUGUCCACCCAACCCUGUCCAACAAAGAGAAGGUGGGAACAUGACCUUUUUAAGUCCCU